AAACCGGCUUCCACAAUGCCCAGGAGCUGCUGUGUGCCCUUUUCUACAACUAACAAGCUUAAAAAUCCAAAUCUAAAAUGUUAUAUUUUGCCCAACGGGAGCACAGAGCCCAGGAGAAGAACCCGGUGGCUUCAAGCGAUCCGUCGGGAGGAUGAGUUUGGCCACCUGUGGGAUCCAAAAUCCAAACAUGUGUACGUCUGUAGUCAGCACUUCAUUACAGGCUUAAAAAACGAGGACAUAGCCCACCCAGACUACACACCCUCGCUGUUCCCACAUAAAAAGACAAAGUCUCCCAGGUCAGUACUUCAGAGGCUGGAGAGAAGGAGGAAGCGUGAGGGUGUUCAGUCUGCCCAACCAGAAUCCCCAACAUCAGAGGGCCCAGCACCAGAAGCCCCGGUACCAGAAUCCCCAACAUCAGAAGCUCCCAUACCUCUUCAGGAGUUAGAGAGAAAACAACUUUAUGAAGAAUUGUAUAAUUUAAGAAGAGAAAGAGAUGAGGCCAUGAAGGAGCGAGCUGAAGCCAUCAGAGAAUUGGAGAUGUUGAAAAUGUCGGUAAACACUGUGAGAGAAAAUGACACUAAAUGUAAAGUCAUGACAGGCCUGUCAUGGACAGUAUUUGACACUCUUCAUCAGUACCUGGUACAGUUUGUUAAGUCACAGAAAACAUCCAAGAUGUCAACACAAGACCAGCUCUUUAUUACUCUGGUGAAACUGCGGCAGAACCCCUCAACCGAUAUGAUGUGUGGAAUAUUUGACCCGGCACAUAGAUAUAGCACUUUCCUGGAUGUAUUCUCCCGAUGGUUGGAUUUGAUGUACGCCAACAUUUCUUUUUUUUAUUAAAUGGCCUGAUAGAGUGUAUCAGAAGCACAGUAC